UACGUAAACCUCGGUUAGGGGCGUGGCUUAUUACGUCACUUUACAGAAACGAAAGUAAGGUGUGUAAGUUUCCUGAUCAGGAUUCAACACGGGACACAAUCUCCAGUUUGAAGCGUUUGCAGUUUUCCUUCAAGGAGCUAAAACCACAGCAGUCAUGGCUUCCUCCAGCAGUGUCCUGUGUGAAGAUCAGCUCCAGUGUCCCAUCUGUCUGGAUGUGUUCACUGAUCCAGUCACUACUUCAUGUGGACACAACUACUGUAUGAUCUGUCUCAAAGAGUUCUGGGACAGCAGUUCACACUGCCAGUGUCCAGUGUGUAAAACCAGUUUCCCAAAGAGACCUGAGUUAUGUGUGAAUACGUUCAUCUCUGCACUUGCUGCUCCAUUUAAGAAGUCAGUUCAGGUGAAAUCCAGCACUGCUACAGAAAAUCCCACCCAAUCUCAGGUGCUCUGUGACAUCUGCUGUGAAAAGAAAUGUGCAGCUGUGAAGUCCUGCCUGAUCUGUACGGCCUCUUACUGCAAGACUCACCUGGAACCUCACGAAAGAGUUUCUUCGUUAAAGAAGCACAAACUGAUCGACCCUGUGGAGAACCUGGAGGACUACAUCUGUCAGAAACAUGAGAGACCCCUGGAGCUGUUCUGUAGAGACGACCAGAUGUGUGUGUGUCAGUUCUGUACUGAAGCAGAGCACAAAACUCACAACACUGUUCCUCUAGAGCAGGAGAGUGGGGAGAAGAAGAUCCAGUUGGGAAAGACACAAGCAGAAGUUCAGCAGAUGAUCCAGGAGCGACUGAAGAAGAUUGAGGAAAUCAAACACUCUGUAAAGCUCAAUGAAAAAACCACAGAGAAGGAGAAAACAGACUUUGUGGAGAUCUUCAGUAAUCUGAUGAGCUACAUUGAGAGAAGCCAGGCUGAGCUGUUUAAGGUGAUGGAGGAGAAGCAAAAAGCAUUAGAGAGGCAGGCUGAAGAGUUCAUUAAAGAGCUGGAGCAGGAAAUCACUGAGCUAAAGAGGAGAAACACUGAGCUGGAGCAGCUCUCACAUACUGAGGAUCACCUCCACCUCCUACAGAUUUACCCGUCACUGUGCAGCCCUCCACACACCCAGGACUGGACUGACCUCACAAUUAACACUUAUGUGAAUGUGGAGACUCUGAGGAGAGCUCUGUCUCAGGUUCAGGAAACUCUCAGAGAGGAAAUGGAGAAGCUUGAUCAAGCUGAACUGAAGAGAAUUCAACAAUAUGCAGUGGAUGUGACUCUGGAUCCUGAUACAGCUCAUCCUAAUCUCAUCCUGUCUGAUGAUGGGAAACAAGUAAACCAUGGAGACAAGAAACAGAAUCUCCCUGAUAAUCCAGAGAGGUUUGAUUAUUGGCUCAUUGUUUUGGGAAAGGAAGGAUUCACAUCAGGCAGAUUUUACUAUGAGGUGCAGGUCAGAGGGAAGACUGAGUGGGAUUUAGGAAUGGUCAGAGAGUCUAUUAACAGGAAAGGGGAUAUAACAUACAUCCCUGAAAAUGGAUACUGGUCGCUGUGGCUAAGGAAUAAGGCUGAAUAUUUGGCUCUGGACUCUCCUCCUGUCUCCCUCUCUUUGAAACAGGCUCCUCAGAAGGUGGGGGUGUUUGUGGAUUAUGAGGAGGGUUUGAUCUCCUUCUAUGAUGUUGAUGCAAAAUCUCAUAUCUACUCAUUCACUGGUCAGACUUUCAGUGAGAAACUUUAUCCAUGUUUCAGCCCCUGUCUCAAUGAUGGAGGUAGAAAUUCAGCAGCACUGAUCAUCUGUCCUGUUAAUCAAACCUAAUCCCAAUUUUCCAGUUUUAAAAAGUAAUCUUUUACAAUUUCAUAAAUAUUAAGCGUUGGACUGGUAUUAUAGCCUUGGUAUUAUCCCUCAUUCAUGAUAUUGAAUUUAGUUCUAAUUUCACAUUAAUUUUAACAUAUAUUUUGUCCGGGGAAUUAAUUUGAAGAAUUGUAAUUUUUUUUUUUACUUUAAUCCUACCUUGUGUAUACAUUCACAAUCCCAUACGAAAUAUCUCAGUUCACACGAGAGAAGACAGAGCAAAGAAUCGGUUCAUUUUGAACACUUGCAUAAAUGGUGUUUUUAUUUAAAAAAGAUUGUUGUGAGGAUAACAGGGUUUCUGCAGGGCUUAAUCAGUCAAAUUUAAGACUUUUUAAGACCUUUUUAAUGACCAUUAUUGCCCCUUUUCCACCGAGGCAGUUCGAGUGCUGGUUCGGAGCCAGAGCCUAAUUUAGAACCAGUUCUUUCUGUUUCGACUG